AUGCAACAACUCCUCAACCCCUUCGCGCAGAAAUACCCCGAGGCGAACGAAGGCUCCUUCCAGACCGAAGCGGCAGCCAUCAAUUUCAAUCCGUCUGGACCAUACGCGGGGCACUAUCUCGCCGCGGGGAACUUUGACGGGACUGUCAAUGUCUGGGACGUCGAGACCAGGGGUGUGGCUAGGACGCUGAGAGGACAUGUGAAGGCUGUAGGAGGACUGAGCUGGUCCAGGAAUAACCGGUACCUCUUGACCGCCUCGCUCGACUCGACAUGUAUCGUCUGGGACCUAUCUGUCCUCCCUCAGCCCUCUUUACGGCCUACCAAUCCCCUCGGCGCCGGUUCCUCGACUGCAAGCUCCUCACACCAGCGAGUAGCAACCAUCAGGCUGGACGCUCCCGUCGCUACCGCGCAGUUCCACCCUCGUACGACGCUCGUCGUACUCGCCACGUUGACAUGCAACGAGAUUGUGCUGAUUGAUCGGCGAAAGGGCGGUGGGAAGUGGGUAUUGCAAGAUAUCACAGAGGCGGAGGUUGGACAGGCCGGCGAUGAGGAUGAAGCGGAGGGAUCGCAGAAGAAGGGAGCACUUUGCUGCGCCAGCUUCUCACCUUGCGGCUCUCGGAUAUACGCCGGGACGACCAAGGGGAAGAUCCUGACGAUAGAUCCUGUUACUCGCUAUGUAACACACCGACUACCAGUCACUGGCUCUGCUAUCCGAUCAAUCAUAUUUGAUGCUUCGGGCCGACAUCUCCUCACGUCCGCAACGGACCGCGCACUCCGCCUUCUGUCCGUCUCACCUGACUCGGGCGCCCUCACCGCCUCUCAUCGAUUCCAAGACCAGGUCAACAGAACACCAUGGCACGCUAUAGGCUUCAACCCCGAUAGCGAGCUCGUGAUGGGCGGAGCGGGGCACAAGGCGGCGCAUAACAUCUUUGUCUGGGACAGGGAGUCGGGAGUAUUGUUAAAGGUUCUGGAAGGGCCGAAGGAGUCUCUGGGUGACUGCGAGUGGCACCCUACAAGACCGAUCAUCGCGUCCACUACAACGUCGGGAGACGUGCAGAUCUGGCAGACGACCGCGCCGGACAACUGGGCGGCAUUUGCGCCAGGUUUCGAGGAGCUGGAGGAGAAUGUAGAGUACGACGAGCGGGAGGACGAGUUUGAUAUCGAGGACGAAUCUGAGCUCACCCGCCGAAAAGACCUGGAAGAAGAUAUAGAUAUCGACAUUAUGCGGAAAGAUGACUCGUACCCGCGACGACCAGACCCUAUCAUCUCCCUCCCACCCAAACCGGCCGGCGCGGCUACACCGACAGACGAGAAGAUGAUAGCAGCCGAGGCGGAGAGGGAUCAGGCGGUGAAGCUGGCGAGGGUCGUAUAUGACUGGGUCGGAGGCGCCGAGGGGGCCGGGGAUGGCGAUACAUGGGAGGGGUUCUAUCUCAGCUUGGACCUGAUAAGUCCUGAUCCAGAGCUGGAGGCCCUGUCUGUAGAAUGA